CCAUCCGCUUCACGUGACCACGUUGAGAAGAAACCAUGGCGGAUGCAGAAGCAACGAAAUCUUUGAGCGGACUGUUGAAUGGAAUAGCUCAGAAAGUGUAUUAUAACAACAAGGAGAUCACAGAGGAGCUGCUGAAAGAUGAGUUAUAUGCCGAGCUGUCGCAGGAGGAGUUCAAGGUUUUACAUGAGAAAAUGAAAGGCCUCCUAAAGUCUAUCGCCACAGCAGACAUGGACCAUGCCCAGCUGGAGGCAUUCCUCACAGCCCAGACCAAGAGGCAGGGCAGCGGUGGGCUGACUGCCGAGCAGGCCGCCGCCCUCUCUCGCUUCUGGAAGAGCCAGCGAGUCCGGGUGAGGGAGAGCCUGCUGGCUCAGAGCCGCUGGGAGCCCGGCCUCAGGGGCCUCUCCUGGAGGGUGGACCUCCAGACUGCAGCCAGCCGGGGGGAUGCAGCCCACGGCGGCCCGGUUGCCCUGAUGGAGCUGGAGCUGGGCAGAGCGGGACAGGACUCCGAGUUUGUGUGUCUGGAGUUUGAUGAAACCAUAGUCAACCAGGUGCUGAAGAAGAUGUCUGAUAUCCAGGAGGGCAUCGACAGAAUCGCUCACCGUACCUGAAACUGUGUGUGAGAGUUUUUCCUCAGAAACAGUGAGACUGUGUGAUUCUGACUGAGAGACAAUGUCUGACCAACUCCAGCCAUCUCCUCCUGCAAAUGGCUGUUUCCUCUUUUGUUCUCUCUCCAACAUGGCUUUUGCACCUGCCUACAGACUCCGAGAGGACAUACUGUAUAAGAUAUGAGUUCAUCAUUUCAAUAUACAACUUGGCAUUUAGACAUGUUCACAUAUUAAAGGGACACUUUGGAUUUUUUGAAGUGGCCCCAA